UCUCAGUACAGCUAGUUGCCUUCAUAUUCCCACGCUCCCACUCUUCCACAAAGCAACAGUAACGGUCACUUUUCGAUCUUCCCCAUAAAUCCCACAUACACUCCAGACGGCUACAUUUCUUUUCUCUCUCUCUCUGUCGCUGCCUAGAGCCCUCUGUUUUUCUGUGUGUGGAAAAAUGGCGAAGAGCUUUGGCUUCUUCUUCAUCUCUCUCUUCUUCACGCUCCCACUCUCGCGCGCCUCGGUGCCGGCGUCGAGGGCCCAGAAAGGCGUCGUGGGGACGGAGCUCUGGUGCGUGGCGAAGAACAACGCGGACGACGCGGCUCUGCAGUCCGCUCUGGACUGGGCCUGCGGGCCCGGGGCCACCGACUGCGGCCCAAUCCAGCAAGGCGGUCCCUGCUACGAUCCCACCGACAUCCAGUCUACGGCGUCGUUUGCCUUCAACGACUACUACUUGAAGCACGGCAUGACCGACGACAGUUGCUUCUUCGACAACACUGCCGCUCUCACUUCUUUGAACCCUAGUCAUGAUAAUUGCAAAUUCCCAUCCAGCAUGUUGGCGAGCAACGGAAGCUUUUCUGGAUCAUCAACAGGAGCGGGAAUGGUGCCAAGUGAAGACAUAAACGGCUGCACUGGGAAUGCUCAGCUAUGGUUUUGGACUCUAAUUAUUGCUCAAAUGUUUAUUAUAAUUACACACAUUAUUUCACAACGGUAGACUAGAGAGAGUAGCUGGUUUAUCAUCCUCUUUUCCCUUUCAAAAAAAGCGAAUGCUUUUUUUGAUGAUGAGAUAGCUGCAAUGCAUAUUUUAGGAACUGAAAAUGUAUUGUAUCUGUGGUUAGAAGACUCUAAUAUAAUAUUAGUAUGCAUAUUUUUGUAGUGGCCAGUUGGGACAUUUCCAACGGAUCAAAAUUCUUGAGCAGAACCCUCCCUUUUAUCACAAUUUGUCAUAUAUUUUCAUUUUCUACUUAGAACGUGGAUAUCUUUUUAAGUGCUGUUGCUUUGAUAAUAAUCCCUCCCUGGCUUGCCUCA